AACUAAAGUGUGAGUGAGUUAGUAAACUGUGUGUCCUUUUUUGAUAAGAUUCUUGAACUCACCGCUUACUCCACCAUCUCACCGUCCUUAACUUCUUCAUUAUCUCAUUAUUUCUUCCUUUUUCCCCUUUACAUUUUCAUUAUUAUUAAAUUAUUCAUUUUGAUUUGGAUUUGAACUUGAAUGCAUCUCUACUUACUUUUAACAACUCUCAAGUGCUUUCUUUAGAUAUUCCCAGUUUUAUUUUCAAGAAUCUAUUCUGGGUUUUUGAUUCACCAUCUUUUAGUAAGCCUCAGCUCUUAGCUAUAGCUUGUUCAAUCAUUUCUGCAGAAUCUUAAACUAUUUACUUUUUCACCUCUUUCUGUAGUAUAAAUAUUUUUUUAGCUACUCCAGUGUCCAAACAUGGGUUUGAUUCCUUUUUGGUUCUACUAAUAUUUUCUAGAUCAGCUCUCUUAACUUUCUUUACUUCCAUCUUUAUCUCUCCUAUCUUCAUAACUGGAUUCGGGUAUCUUUGUUUUCUGGGGUUUCUGUCUUGGUUGCUUACAAAAGUCCCAUUUGGGAAUAAGCUUGGACCCGGUUUUGUUGAUGAUGAUGAGGUGCUUUUCAGUUUCUGUAACUUUUGGUUUGGUUUUAUUGUGUUCAUUGGUUUGUGUGGUGAGUGGUAUUGGUGCUAAUUGGGGCACACAACUAAGCCAUCCUCUUCCCCCAGAGACUGUGGUGAAUCUAUUGAGGGAUAAUGGGAUUCAAAAAGUGAAGCUUUUUGAUGCUGAUUAUGGAACAUUAAGGGCUCUGGGUGGCUCUAAUAUUGAGGUCAUGGUUGGUAUCCCAAAUGAUAUGCUUUCAUCUCUGGCUGGCAGCAUGAAGGCUGCUGAGAAAUGGGUUUCCACCAAUGUCUCCAAACAUAUCUCUUCUAAUAAUGUUAAUAUCAGAUAUGUUGCCGUUGGGAAUGAACCUUUCUUGCAAACAUACAAUGGAAGCUUCCUCAAAACGACCUUCCCUGCUCUUCAGAAUGUUCAAUCUGCCCUGAUAAAGGCUGGGCUUAGCAAUCAAGUAAAGGUCACUUGCCCCCUUAAUGCUGAUGUCUAUGAGGCCCCAUCUGGCUAUCCAUCUGAAGGUGACUUCCGAACUGAUAUCCAUGAUCUCAUGCUUGCCAUUGUCAAGUUUUUGAGCGAUAAUGGUGCGCCGUUUACUGUCAACAUCUAUCCAUUCAUAAGCCUUUACACUGAUGCCAACUUCCCAGUUGAGUAUGCCUUCUUUGAUGGCAACGCACAACCUAUAAAUGAUGGUGGGACAAACUAUUACAAUAUGUUUGAUGCAAAUCAUGACACUCUUGUGCAUGCUCUACAGAAGAAUGGGUAUGGGAACCUGCCUAUCAUAAUUGGAGAGAUUGGGUGGCCAACUGAUGGAGAUCAAAAUGCUAAUAUGGAGUAUGCUCGACGGUUCAACCAAGGUUUUAUGUCCCAUAUUACAGGUGGGAAAGGAACCCCAAUGAGACCUGGGCCAAUUGAUGCCUAUUUGUUUAGCUUGAUUGAUGAGGAUGCCAAGAGUGUUGAUCCAGGGAAUUUCGAACGUCACUGGGGUAUAUUUACUUUUGAUGGGAGAGCUAAAUACCAGCUGAACCUUGGCACCACAAAUUCAGGUGUUUUAAUUCCAGCAAGAAGUGUGCACUACUUAGAGAAAAAAUGGUGUGUGAUGAAGCCUUCAGCCAGACUCGAUGAUCCACAAGUGGCACUAAGCGUGAGCUACGCCUGUGGACUUGCUGACUGCACUCAACUUGGUUAUGGGACAUCUUGUGGCAAUCUGGAUGCUCGGGGAAAUAUUUCAUACGCUUUUAAUAGUUACUAUCAGAUACAUAAUCAGCUUGAAGCUGCCUGUAAAUUCCCGAACCUAUCAAUGGUCACUAAAACAGAUCCGUCGGUUGGAAGUUGCACAUUUCAGAUAAUGAUUCAGCCAUAUUAUGGAGGUGCAGGAAGGAGAGAGCCAAUAGGUUUGGUUGUGGGCUUUAUUCUCUUGGCACUAACAAUUCUGUGAGUUUUGAAGCUUCUGAUUCAUCAAGUAUCAUUUUUCCGUGACUACUACUUGCAUUUGCUUUGUAGCAGAAGCAUUGUGAUCUAUAAGUGGCUCAAGCAUUGUCUUUAAUUUGCAGUUGACAAGGCAAAUGCUGAAACUAAUUAUGCUGUUUGAAGAUUAAAUUGCUUUCAAGUAGUGUUUUUUUUUUUUUUUUUUUGGAAAUGUGUAAUUUGUGAAGUACUUUAAUAGAGGCCUAACCAGUUAGGAUUGAAAUGGUUUCCUGGCA